CUUCGCAGGUGGCAGCGGCCCUUCUGCUCCCUCCUCGUCUGCCUCGGCCUCAACUUCCUCCUGCUCACCCUCGGUCAAGCCGCCUGGUACUCGGUACUUGCCCUGUUGGUCGUGGUGCCGGCCCUGCUGGGCUACCUGCAGGAAACGUGCCGGGCCCGGCCCUCGGAAGCGGAGCUGGUGCGCAGGAGGUACCACAGCGUCCGCAGGGAGGACCUGCGCAAGGUGCAGCUCUCGCGGCAGGAGGCCAUCACCCAGGUCAAGAGCUUCCUGAUCCAGCUGGAGGGGUUCCUGAGUGCAGUGUGCUGCAGCUGUGAGGCAGUGUACCGUGUACUGUACUGGGAGAACCCCACUGUCUCCUCCCGGUUUUAUGGGGCACUGCUGGGUUCUGUCUGCAUCCUUUACCUGCUACCCCUCUGCUGGGUCCUGGCCAUCCUCAACAGCACCCUAUUCCUGGGCAACACCCAAUUCUACCAAGUGAUAAUAGAGCUCAAGGCCUCAAUCGAGCAGUGUAUGGGCACCAAACACCUUGAGAGCACUCCAGAGCCUGCUGAGCCCCUGCCAGCUGCUGUACCCCCGGAUCGUACCCCAACACCCACAAGCACAGAGGACCUUACCCCUGGCAGCGUGGAGGAGGCAGAGGAGGCAGAGCCUGAUGAAGAGUUCAAAGAUGCAAUUGAGGAGGAUGACGAGAGCUCUCAGUGCUCGGCAGAUUUUGACCUCAGCCUCCCGGACAACGGUUUUAUGAGUAAAAACGAGGUGAUCCGCAGCAAGGUGUCACGCCUGACCGAGCGCUUGCGUAAGCGCUACCCCAGCAACAACUUUGGGAGCUGCACAGGCUGUGCAGCCACCUUCUCUGUGCUCAAGAAGAGGCGGAGCUGCAGUAACUGUGGGAACAGCUUCUGCUCCAGGUGUUGUUCCUUCAAAGUCCCCAAGGCUGUGAUGGGAGCCACGGCCCCGGAAGCUCAGAGGGAGACGGUGUUCGUGUGCGCUCUGUGCAACCAGGUGCUCAUCAAGUGA